AUGUCAACGAAUUUUGAGAAGCAGUUAGAACAAGAUAUUGAUAAUGCGUCCUUGGAGAGCUUGAGAGACAUUUUGAUCGACAAGUCUGGCGAUAACAAACUCACAAACCGUUUCAGAGCGUUAUUUAACUUGAAAUGUGUUGCUGAGUUGUACGAAGAGAAACCAGAAGAUGCUGAGAAGGCCGUUAACUAUAUCUGUGAGUGCUUUCAAGACGAAAGUGAACUUUUAAAACACGAAGUGGCAUAUGUACUAGGCCAGACCAAGAACUUGAAAUCUGCUUCGAAGCUUAGGGAAGUCAUGUUGGAUCAAUCCCAGCAGUGUAUGGUCAGACAUGAGGCUUCAGAAGCCCUAGGUGCGCUUGGUGACAAAGAAUCGAUUCCCGCGCUCGAGAAAUCUUUGAAGGAAGAUCCAUCGAUCGAAGUCAGACAGACGUCAGAGCUGGCUAUCGAGCGUAUCAAGUGGAAGCACUCUGAAGCUGCAAAGUCAGAGAAGCUACAGACCUCUCUGUACUCUUCGAUAGAUCCUGCUCCUCCUUUGGCCCUAGACAAGGACUACGAUAUUGCUGAACUAAAAAGCAUUUUGAACAAUGGCGAUGAGCCACUUUUCAAGAGAUACAGAGCUAUGUUCAGGCUGAGAGAUAUUGGAACCGACGAGGCCUGUUUUGCUCUUGCUUCAGGCUUCAAUGACCCCUCUGCGCUCUUCAGGCACGAGAUCGCCUAUGUUUUCGGGCAACUUGGUAACCCAUGCGUCGUACCAAACUUGGUAGAGGUCUUGAAGCGUCCAAACGAAGCUCCUAUGGUCAGACACGAGGCCGCUGAGGCACUUGGAUCAAUCGCAACUGAUGAGGUAUUCCCAAUCCUAAAGGAGCAUGCCAAGGACUCCGAUGAGGUGGUCAGAGAGUCCGCCCUGGUUGCUCUAGACAUGUACGAGUACGAAAAUAGCAAUGAGCUCGAGUAUGCUCCAGCCUAA